AAACAAUGAACUAUAAAAAGCUUUAUUCAAAAGAAUAUCAGAACAAACAAAACAAGAUUAAUGGUAACAGCUGCUUAAAAAUGAUUACCUCACGUUUAUUUUGCUUCGUCGCAGAUUGGUCUAUGAUAAUUUGUUGUUUAUAGUAGCUACUAGUUUCGGUAACGAUUAGUGGACGUUCGUAUUUUUUUCAUACAACUGCUGUGACAUUCAUCUUUUUCCCCUGCAUUGCAACGGUUUACUUCUUUUACUAGAUGGCAAGUUUUCAAUUGAGUAUAACUACGGACGUUAAGACUGAAUGUCGACGGUUCUAACUACGAAACACCAAAUUUGUGACAGCUGCCUUUUUUCCCCCCUUCAAUUGAAAUGGGUAAUUUUAUAUUCAUAUUAAAAAUUACAAUUGCUAUCAAUAAGAGAACCUUAAGUGGAGGUUUGCUGCAAGACAUCAAGGAGGUCGAAACCGCUAAAUACACUUCAAGAUAUAUUUUAGGAAAGUGUCCUACUGGUCUGUAAAGAAUGCACUCAGGGUUCUUAUGGGUCAAAAUCAGAGAGGCGAUACUUGCCCUACUGGUCCCAGUGGCCCUAUCAGCACCCCAAUCUCAGUACCGCCCUACGGUGAUAAGGACCAGCACCAGCAGUAGUGGUUCCGGCGACGACGGGCAAUAUCACCCUGACAACAGUGGAGCAUAUGUACCAGAUAAUGCAGGAGCUUAUGUACAUCAAGAUGUUCCCUACAGGCAUCAAGAAGGGCCAUACGGAGGCGGCGGUGGAGAAUACACCGGAAGUGGUGGUGCUGGAGGAGGUGGUGGUGGGGGCGGGGGAGCUGGAGGUACCGGAAGAUAUGUCGUUUCAGCUCGUCCUGCUACAGUUCGUCCAAUUGUAACAAGACCUCGUGUGAUAGCAACGACAGCAAGUUCCAUAGUGCCAGCAGUGACUGCUGCUAGUUACAACACACCUGCAACCCUGAGGACAGGAAGCGCUCAAGGGUUAUAUGAUAACAGACAUUACAAUAUCAUCAGAUUAGAGCAGGAUUCGAUCCCAGAUGGAUACCGUUAUUUGUAUGAGACAGAAAACGGCAUCCUAGCAGAAGAAGAAGGCCAUCUAGCUGCAGUAGGCCAAAAAGAAGAGGCCAUCCAAGCCAGAGGAUACUUUACCUACACUGGUCCUGAUAAUGUCGUGUACAGAGUGGAUUACACUUCAGACGAGAAUGGCUUCAAUCCUGUGGGAGACCAUCUACCUACGCCUCCACCAAUUCCCGAAGCUAUUCUAAGAUCUUUAGAAUACCUCAGAGCGAACGGACAAUUGUAGAACACUUGGAAUACUGACACGGAUACAACUAGGAUUAUUAUACUUGCUGUAAUAAAUUAUUUUUAGGUUAUAGUGACUAUGUAUUAGGGUAAAUGCGGGAGAGUUGCCGCACUUUUUGAAAAAUGGCUGUAAUUUUCUUGAUUUUCAACACUGUUCUUUAAAAAUAAAUCAAUACAAAGGUACUGUAUUAAACUUUAUUGAGACAUAAAAAUAAACUUUAAUUCUGAAGAAAUAUAGACAAAGCGAAAAAAAAUUUUUUUCUAUUAAAAUCGGCAUCUCUCCCACACUACUGGGAGAGACGCCGCAUCAAAAAAGGAGAGAUGCCGCAGUAUCGGCAUCUCUGGAAAACCCCUAAUUUUCAUUUCUUUUUCUUAAGUCGAAUCUAGAACAGAUGUUACACACUUCACCAUACAUGGUACAAGUGACAUGUAGCCACUUUAAGCAUUUAAGGCAUUGCAGCCAAUCCACUGUUUUAGUUGUCGUUUCGUAAACUUCAAAGCAUUCCACGCAGCGUUCCCGAUUUUCAUUUUUCUUUUUGGCCAGAGGUUCAUCGUCGCUGUCGCUCCAUUGAUUUUUUCUGGCUCUUCCUCUAGCUGUUUUUUUUGUACUCUUAGUUCCUUUUUCUUCGCUGUCACAUUGGUUGUGUUAUGUUUGUCAGGGCGAACCCUCUUCGUUAUGUUUUCAGGUGAUGUUAACACAGCUGCGCUUUGCUUGAACCUUUGCUUGAAGGAUACAGGUACUUUUGGGAUAGGAGAAACUUCUUGCAAAAAUUUUGAAGGAGUGAUUUGUGGACCGUCGCCUUCAUCUCCCCUACCACAUGCUUGAGCAGAACUAGUAGGGCUGGUGGAGGGUAAUCCUAAGCUGGGACGGUUAGCAUCUCUUUCUGGGGAAGUAUCUGCCAUGGCUGAAUCAGUUAUAGAAUAGAAGUGAUCCGGAAUAGCAUUAGGAUCAACAGGAUAUAUCCCUGUUGCCUUGAAACCGUUAAUGGCUGUGGCCACAGAUGCUGAUCUUAACCAACUUUUUCCAAUUAAUGCACCGGCUUGAUAUCUCGUCAGGUUUCUGCUGGCGUUGUGUUUCAUCCAUAACUGAGCUUCCUGGUUAAAAUAAGUUUUAAAAGGCUUAAAAAAGCUUCGGUCUAGUGGCUGAAGAGCCUGGGUACAGUGGCUUGGUAAACACAAGAUAAUUAUAUCGUUAUCGUCAGCCACCUGCAGCAUAUCGCCGUCAGUACUGUGUGAAGUGUGGCCAUCCAGGAUUAAUAAACACUUACCGGAUGGCUUAUUGGGGAUAAACUGCUCCUUUAACCAUUUGAGAAAUAAUUCCGAAUUUAUGAAAGAUGACUUUCUAUUCAUAUAAAUUUUGGAUCCAGCUGGCAAUCCAUCCGAAAAUUCAGCCUUUCGGUUUACACCUUUGAAAAUUAACGUGGGUGGAAUGAACCUGCCGUCUGCACUACAGCAUGCAACAACCGUUACAUUUUCUCCUCGCUCUUUAGAUGUUAAAACGUGGACAUCUCUUGCACCUUUCGUUGUUAGUACUUUCCCAGGUUUGUUGAUCAGUUGAACACCUGUCUCGUCCAUAUUGAAAAUAUGAGAUGGCUUAUCCAAUAAAUUAUUUUCAGUUAGGAUAUCAAUCAAAAGUUGAAAAAAUUUGGAAGUUUCUUCUCUAUUCAUUCCUCGAGCUCUUAAUAAUGACAGUCCUUCAGCUUGCCUUAUUGUCAAUUCGGGAUUUCUUUCUAAAAAUGAUAUGAUAGCCAAGAAUAACCAGCCAUCCCGCUGUUGUGUGAAAAUUUGUGUUUCAAUUUCAGCUUCUCAGCAAAAUUAUAAGCCAGCCGUCGAACUGCAUUUCUAUCAGGAGCAAAUCCAGCCGCUGCCAAUCGUUGGAUGUGAACAACCAACCGUUUUUCAUUUUUAUGCCCUAGAACACCUUUAAAAUAAAUUAUGCGGUAAUGCUGAAGCAAAGUCUAAAAAAUCACUUUACCUUCUGGUCCGAGACUCCCUUUCUGAAGAUUACCACUGGCCAUUCUACGUUUAAGGGUCUUUGGUGGGACAUGAUAACGCCUAUGGGCUUCUCUUUUGGAUAUCUCACCGGAACUAACUUUAUUAAUGGCUUCUUGCAAUUGUUCUUCGGUCCACAAAGCCCUAGGGCGUGCAUUUGCCUUCCUCUGAUAUUUCCGUGGCAUUUUUCUAAUCAAAAUGUAACUUUAAUUUGAUAAAAUCCAUGACAAAACGAUAACUUUGAAAAAAUAAUUUGCGGCAUCUCUCCUUCCUUAAAAUGCGGCAACUGUCCUUUUUGUUGGGAGAGAUGCCGCGCCCGCUUAUCAAAAUCACGCAUUUACAACGCGACAAAAUAUAACAUAGCAUGUGUGGACAUAACCUCAAAAUACUGGAAAAAGCUUACGAUUAUCAAAUAAAACUACCACCGUGCAAAAAACCACACUUUCUAGGAUACAGGCUAAAAUUUUGCAAAGAAAAUUCGAUCUUACCUUCCUAAAUUCGAGGAUAGCAUGCAAUAUUCCAAAAAACAAACACGUUCGACGUCGUAACCGUUCACUAAACGAUCGACUUUCAUCAUGGGUACACUCGGUUGCCUACUCUAUGGCAUUAGCGUUGAAAUACAACAAAAGCGGCGUCUCUCCCGCCGCGGCAACUCUCCCGCAUUUACCCUAUAUUAAUAUUUAAGGGCACAGCAAAACAGUGAUGAAAUAAAUUGAAUAUGUGAAGGUUUAUCUAGGACACACGUGUUGUUUUUAAAUGCAUAACAAAGAAGUAACCGAAAACCAAUUUUAUAUUCAAUAAUAAUGUGGAAUUUGGCAUCUUUCGACAUAGCGAAGCGAUGACAGACGCCAAUAAGCAUACUUGAUUUUUAGCAGUGAAUGGUAUAGAACAAAAGGAAAUUCUAUUUGGAAACUUCUCGUGAUUUCCUUUCUGUCUCGACAACUUGAAUAUAGAAAUUAUGGCGACAUACUUAUAUGAAACGAUUUCCUCGUAAGCGUACACGUGUAUUUCCUCAUAUUGGCUCACUCUCGAAUCAAGUUUGACAUCUAAGGUUCCAAGAACGGGGUGCCUGAAAUAAAUCCAUGGGAUUCGCAUCCAAGCGAUGAAAUCUCCUGCAUUGAAAACGUUUACUUUCCACCAAUUGAAUAAGAUCAACGUUAAUUCAAAGUCUCAGACAUAGUCCUAAAUAUUUCAAUUUUGCAAAUGGAAGCUUGUCGUUGAUGAUGAUCUUACCAUAGUUAAUAUGUUUACCUUAUGCCCAUGCAGAUUAUGAUUA